AUGGCUAACCUGCAGCAGGAAUACCCCGGAGUCCUUCUGGGGAUCCUGGAGGAACUGGCCAAUAUGCGCCAGUGGCUAUCAUUCCAGGACCUUUGUCGAAUGGUUAGCACCCGCUUUGAUCUGGAGCACCUGGUCGAGCUCAGGAGUUUGUUGUUUGCUGCUGCCAGCAGGGACCCCUGUUUCCCAGCCACUCUGUUCAGAGACCGGGUUUCCACCAGAGGCCAGGGGCUAUCACCCAUAGGCGUCGCUGCUGACAUAGUAACUAUCUUUAAUCUUAUUCAGAUGACGGGUGGGGUCUCUGAAGACAGCCAACCAAUGAGGGCACAGACAGUCCUCCCUGUCGACCAGUCCCCAGGUCCCAGCCUGCCUGGAAUCCACCAGCUGACCAUUCCUGGUCGAGAAAGACCACGCGCCCACUCCGACUCCAGUGGCACGUCCAUCGACCAGAGCUUGCUGCUUCCAAAAUCAAAUUACUCUGCCCGCAAGCGAGCAAGUCUUCCCCCGGAUCCCAUCUCACUCGUGUCCUCCCCUCCCAUCAGGGCGAGGGCUGUGUCUUUCGACUUGCCUCACACCACACUUUUGUACCCUAGCGGUCAAAUCCCCAAUGAGGUUAUGAAGAACAUCUACCUGCCUUUGGACACGGACAGUGAGUCGAGUGGAGAUUCUGCUCAUAUGGAGGUGUUUGAGGGUGAACCGGGAGCUUCUGUUGACCAGAAGAGAAACAUCUUUAGGAGGGACUUCCACAACCAGCCGCCGCUUAUACCACAGGUGACCGUUAGCAGUGAGUCUCCCAGUCCCAACAAAGCGAAAGGCUUCGACAAUCACAGCUUUGAAAUGAUCCCAAAUCCUUACCCGUCGCCCACAACAGUUCAUCAAUCGCCAGAGCAGCGGGCUAAACAUGAGAGCAUCGAUGACCUACAGGACUCAACUUAUUUUGGACCUGGGUCAGUCCAGGAGUCAUCCCCUCGGCACCUUCAACCACCCAGGACAAAAAGGCCCAUCUGGAGCAAUAAGAGUCACAGUCUGGAGGACCGGAUAGGCCUGGGCAUCAUUGGAAUGGGGAUGGAAUCACAAGGGGGACAACUUCCGAGAAGAUCGACCCCUGCCAUCAGCAAUUUGGGGUCCUCAAUAGGUGAGAGUGGGGAUAGUGGACUACCAGGUGGAGGUGAUGGACUCAAGGCUCAGGGAACACAAACAGACCCACCAGACCCCCGGCGACUUCGUAGCCUGGUUCACGCUGAUCGCCUCUCUUUCAUGACCUCAUUAGACGACCCUGAGUUUGGUGAGGAUGACAUCAGUGCGAUCUUUCGUUUCUUAGAUGACAUAAGCAUGUGUGGGUCCACGGGAGUCCUGCAUCCCAAUGAUAGCUCCAUUAACCAGGACACCCCUGAGGCCAGACGUGGCCGUCUUGGUCAACUCCAAAGGCUCUUCCACUCCUUGGAAAGUAGUGAUGACGGGCUCAAGGCCAGUGUGUGUAAGCUGCUGCUCCGUAUGAGUCAGAUAGAAAGACAGCUGGAAUCACUAAACGAUGUGAAGUCUGAGAUUUCCCAGGUGCUCUCCGCUUUGCAGCGACUGGAUGAAAAGAUCCAGCAGCCUAUCAGUGGUGGUGGACAAGGGACCGGCGGGAGAUGGCUUGAGCCUCUCAGCGGUGUCUCUUCUUUUAUGAGCCACCCUUUAACUCCUUCUGAGUCAUCAGACCCUCAACCUCUGUCUGUAUCCGGGCAUCUGUUUCCAGGAACCAGCACAAGUAGUUUGGACUGGAGCCGAUGGAACACACCUGGGGACCAAACAGAAAGCAGCAAAGGCCAAGUAGAUUCUAAGGCGUCAAAAGAAGGGAAGAAAGACGCAACAUCUCGUCGUGCCUCCAAAACCCAGCCUGAAGAGAAAGGUGUAUCUGACUCCAAACAGCUGAACAUCCCUGACUCCGCAAGGGACUGGACCGUGUCAUUCUCAAAAAGUAAAAAUGGCAAAUCUUCACAAAGAAAAACUGGACAGGGAGAUCAAUCAAGCAGCACCACUAACCUACUGUCCCAAAAGCCCACCACCCUGGUGGACCAAGUGUUUAACUCGUCCCUGUUCCGCCACAAAGACAGCAGUCUGACAGGGGGACUGACCUCUGGGAAGGUCAUGGCUGAGGGGAGGGGAAGGCCCAUAUGGACUGUAGAUGACAGAGAGGCACGAAUCUCCCCUUUGGACUUACAGACUCAGGAGUCUCUGAACCCCAACAACAUGGAGUUCUGGAUGGACGACAUCUACACUCCAGGCUACGAUGCUUUACUCAGGCGUAAGGAGGCUGACCUCCGCCGAGCCAAGAUCUGCAAGCUGCUUGCGCUCAUUGCUACUGCAGUGGCUAUCAUUCUCAUCAUUGUCAUUCCCAUUUGCACCAUGAGUUAAUGAGGACUGUGACAGAAAGCCCACAUUGUUGCCAGUUUUAAUUUCAUCGACUAGCUCAUUUUCAGCAGCUAUGUGCUGUAACACAGAAACCUGCACGCCACGCUCAUGGAGAUCAGUAGAUGAGAGACUGCGAGAUGAGGAAUCAGUACCACUCAGUACUGCCUUACAUUUCUCUGCAUGUAGCACAGUUAUCUAAUACUUGAGAAAAGCAGGAGGACUUGAACUUUGAAAAUACACCUGAGUCAUUCCCUUAUGCAGUUACAACAAACUGUAAGCCAUCUCCAGUGCCAGGUUUUUUCUCCUAUUUGCUUUGAUUUAUUUGGUUAUUUAUGUUUUUUAAAUAAUUUCAGGUGUCUGCAAAAGGAAGCGUUAGCACUGAAGGUUUUAAGCAAUUCUAAAAUAACUCUGAAAACAUAUGUUUAAACUAGUAAUACUGAGCCAUUGCAAAAGUGUCAACUUUUUUUUUUACUUUCUCAUUUUGUCUGCAUUUUCCUGAGAAACACCACUGUUACAAAUGCAUUGUGAAUCAGCUUCAAGCACUGAGCACUGCCUGACUCUUGAGAACUAUACAGGGCUUAUUUCACUUCUAUGUCAGAUAAUAGUUUAAUCACUACAUGAGAGUCUU